AUGAAUUUUGCAACAUCUGAUUGUUUAAGUGAUGAUAAAACAACAUAUAUAUGUGAUAGAAAAUUUUCAUGUGGAUGUUCAUCAGAUUUAACUAUUCGUGGACGUAUAUUUGGUGGUGAAAACGUUUUAUCAUAUUCAUGGGGUUGGAUUGUAAGUUUAUAUCGUUCAAAUAUUUUUUUUUGUUCAGGUUCAUUAAUAUCAUCAAAUUUAAUUUUAACUGCUGCACAUUGUAUUCAACCUGAAUUAUUAAAAUUAUCACAAAUUACAAUUAUUGCUGGAAGUAAUACACUUUCAAAUCGUGACGGUCAAGGACAAUUACGUCAUAUUUAUGAAGUUUUUAUUCAUCCAGAUUUUGAGAAUAAGUUGAAACUUAAUGAUAUUGCUAUUAUUCGUUUAUCAAAACCAUUUGAUAUGUCAAAUUCAAGAUUAGCUAUUGUAUGUUUACCUAAUGCAAUUACAGCUGAAUUAAUUACUAAAUUAGAAUAUCCAAUACCAGGUACAACACUUGUUGUUAUUGGAUGGGGUAUAACUGAAUAUAGUCGAAUGUAUCCAUCAACAAUUCUACAACAAGUUACAGUCAAAGCAGUAGCAAGUACAUCAAGUGAUUGUACGACUUCUACUCGUGAAAUGGUUAAUGUUACUGUACAUUUUUGUGCUGGAGUACCAGGUGGUGGAAAAGAUGCGUGUCUAGGUGAUAGUGGAGGUCCAAUAAUGGCUUUUGUUGAUAAUCGUUGGCAAAUUGUAGGUUUAAUAUCCAAUGGUUAUGGAUGUGCUCUGCCUGGUCAUUCAGGUAUUUAUACACGUGUUGCAUAUUAUAUUCCAUUUAUUGAAACAAUUAAAAAUCAAAAUCAAACAAUCUAUUCAUCAGUAAUUGCAACAUGUUUAAUAUAUUAUAAAAAAAAAUAA